CGCGGGGCGCUGGCGGAGCCGGAGGAGCUCGAGGCUGAGGGCGCAGGGAGCCGGGGGCGACUGGGGUCGCUCGGCCGCGCGCCUUAGCGAUGUUUUACUCAGGGCUCCUGACCGAGGGUGGCCGCAAGGAGACCGACAUGCGAGAGGCGGCGUCGCUGCGCCAGCAGCGCCGGAUGAAGCAAGCGGUGCAGUUCAUCCACAAGGACUCCGCCGACCUGCUGCCCCUGGACGGCCUCAAGAAGCUGGGCUCGUCCAAGGACACGCAACCUCAUAACAUCCUGCAGAGGCGCCUCAUGGAAACCAACCUGUCCAAGCUGCGAAGCAGUCGUGUUCCUUGGGCCUCCAAGACCAACAAACUCAAUCAGGCCAAGUCUGAAGGACUAAAGAAGUCUGAGGAUGAUGACAUGAUUCUGGUUUCUUGCCAGUGUGCUGGAAAGGAUGUGAAAGCCUUGGUUGACACAGGCUGUCAAUACAAUCUCAUAUCCUCGGCCUGUGUGGACAGAUUGGGACUCAAGGAGCAUGUUAAAUCUCACAAGCAUGAAGGCGAAAAGCUUUCUCUGCCCCGGCAUCUCAAAGUAGUGGGGCAGAUUGAACAUCUAGUGAUCACCAUGGGCUCCUUCCGCCUGGACUGCCCAGCAGCUGUGGUUGAGGACAAUGAGAAAAACUUGUCUCUUGGUCUCCAGACUCUCCGAUCCCUGAAGUGUAUCAUAAACUUGGAUAAGCACCGCCUGAUCAUGGGGAAGGCCGACAAAGAAGAGAUCCCUUUUGUGGAGACCAUUUCUUUGAAUGAAGACAACACUUCAGAAGCAUAACUGCAGCCUGCAGGACGUCUGCAUGUGUGCACACACCAGGUUAACAGAUUGAGAAAACUGGGUUUGAACCAAAUGCAGAAGCAACUUGCUGUGGACCAAGCCCAUCCUUCCAAUAGAUGCUCCAGGGGAUCCCCCCUCCUAGACCCGUCUAGGCUAUAGUUUGUGCUUAGAGAUCUUGUCUGGUUACAGCCAUUGUUUUUUACUCCUUUGAUCACUUAAUUUAAUAGACCCUUUUUGACACUGCCAGGUCUCACUUGUGGCCUACUUCUCUGCUUCUUUCAAGAGUUUGCUUUUAUUAGUCAAGUACAGGGGCUGCCAGGUUCUAUUCCUUCAUAGAUACACCUGCUUCUUUUCCUAUAUCUAAUAUAUAAUAAAUAGGAACCUGAUUUUUACCUCCUUUCAGCUGUUUCAAAGAGGUGUAGGUAAUCUGUGUCUUGGAAUUAGAAUCUCUGAUAUUAGUUCAUUGAUUUCUCAGGUAUGAAAUGACCUGAAAGAGUCCAGUGAGGUCACCUAGUCCAAACACUACACAAAGGUCCAGAGAGGCAAGUGAAUUGUAUAAACUCAUAUAUUAAGUCAGUGACAGGAAGGACCUAAAACUCAGACCUGCUUUCCGGCCAAGGCUCUGUCCUGCCUCAUUUGUUUUCAAGCCUUAACAGGAGGGCAGAGGGAUGAGAGUGUGUGAAAAGGGCAGAGUAGGGGAAGGGUGUGUUUUGCAGACAGAUGCCAGGAGGAUCUAGUAGCUUUCCUUCCUGUGUGCCAAGCACCCAACCCAAACUGUUACAUUUGGGGCCUUCUUUUGGCACCAAAAGUGGAGGGUACAAAGAUGAACUGAGGUAGUCUUCCACUGUGAAAUUCUUGGAGAGGAGGAAGGAGAAGAGACCACAGACAGAUGAAUAUUAAUCUCUGACACGUCAUUGAUGCCUUUAGUAAAUGUAGGCAUCGUUGUGAGACAUUGAUUACCCCCAAGAUCCAGCCAGUAUUUCCACCCAGCCUAUGAUAUAUCUGUUGGAGACUCAGGUAUCUGGAAAUAGGGUCGAGAAAGGAAAUGGAAAACCUAGAGCAGGGUUAGAAUGGAAGGGAGAAGACUGUAUAGAGUCAGUUGGUGGUGAGGCCUACCUGGGGAAAGCUUUCUGGGAUGGAGGCAGGGAAUGAAACAUCCAGGCAGGGACCUGAGGCUUGGGAACCUCCUCAGCUUUGUAGUAUUAAGAACAACCUUUUAUAACUGCCCAGUAUUGCCUGACCCUCUCAAAGGGUUGGGUAAGUCACGGGGAGUUUCUGAAGCAUUUUUGUUGUUGUUUCUUUGGGUGUUAGUUUAAGCACACUAAUACCUGUAAUAGAAUCUCCCCUUCAGUUCAGUUAUAGAAGUGUUUGCACGAGUCAGAAAAAUGCCAGCUAUAUUCCUUAAAGAUACUCCCAGGUCUAUACUUGGUUGAUAGCAAUAGUUUUCAGGGUAUUUCCUGGAUCUCACUUUCCACCUUGCCACGUACCACCAACUACCUUGUCUACUGUUCAGUUACUGCGCUUACCAAAAAUUCCUUAAACCCUGAAUUUGGCCUCACAGAUGCUCCUAGACUAGGAACUUGGUGACCCGCAUUUGAACAACCUGUCAGUCAGUUGUCACUGGGUCAUCCCACAGGCUCCUUUCUUUUCAGCCUCAACAAAAGAAGCGAAAUAAAAAACUAAACAAGGCCAUCCAUAAUAGGGGAGGCUGCACUGAAGCUCAGCAGGGGUGACUGUGAGGCCACCAGCCUUCAGGCUGUCUCCAGCUACACCUCAUUUGCUUACCCCAGAGGCCUUGCUCCUUUCUACCAAGGCCUCUACACUCCCCUGCCUGUCAUGGGCACACUUUGGCCUGCUUCUUAUCCUAGGAUGGAGCUAAAAUUCUUCACCCCUUCCUUCUCUAUUUGAACGUUCUACCCCAAGCCUUGCCUCUUGGUCCCAAGUAGGACAUAUUGCAGGCUCCUUUUGGUUUAUCCUUGUUUGAUUCCCUGUGGAUCAAGCGAGACCAGGAACUCCCAGGUUCUGGCAAGAUGCACCUGAAUCUGGGCCUUUUCAUGCAGGAUUUUAUGGCAUCAUAGCGAUGAUCAGAUGACCAUUACGGAGCCUCCUGGUCUCUGAAAAUCAGCUAGUGAUUUUCGAGUUUGAGAGUAGAAACAGCUAAGAUGAAGUGGGUUUAGGAUAUCAUAAUCUCAAUACAUUCAAAUUACUUGGAAUUCUCUAACCAAAUUAUUAUGUUUUAAACCCUAGUUUUGAUAAAGCACUUUAAAAAUGUCUAAAGAUAAUUACAGGGAGUCUUGAGAUUCAUUAACCUUCUUCAAAUGUUGCCAAAUUGACUACUUUGAUAGCCUUUGUCUCCCUGAUGUUCUACUUUUUGGGGCUGGCAAGGCAGAAAAGUGAGGUCAGUUCUUCCCAGUCUUAGAAAAUUCUCAUGCCUCGGAAGGUGUGGGAGAAAUAACGUGUAUCCAGGUCACUAUUUUCAGGAAUGGUACCACCAAGAAGUACCACACCUAUCUAAUUCCUUAUCAGAUGCCCACCUUAAGUACUGGAAGUUUGAAAAAUAUUUUUAUUGUUUGGUAUUUCUACGCCUGAUUCAUUUGAGGAACGAAUAUUUUCUGACUUUUCUAUUUCCUUGCCCUGCACUGAUCCCACCUGGUAUGAUUUUCUAUUUCUUAGCUCAGAGUGUCCAUCAUAUAGAUUAUCUGGUACAUCAGCUGCCCGCACUGUUGUGUAAUAGAAAUAUCUUUCCAGGCUGGGGACAUGAAGGAGAUGAACUGAUUCUUCCUCCCUUCUGUUGCCAGGCCUCUCUGCAAUGGCACUUUUUCCACUCAGUGUUUCUGGCUGUGUUGGGUUAUUUGUGAGACGAUGUAACAAUAAAGUGAAAUCUCCCCUCUG